GAGCAUCUCGAUACCACUGAUUUUCCAAAGUGGCUUCCCCCAGUUUCCCUCCUCCCAUACUGUUUUUGCCCCGCACGUAAAUGACGAAAAACACUUGCACCGCCGGGGACUGAGUGACGCUAUUUCAAUGGCAAAGUGGUCUCUCCUAAACUUUUUGGAUUGGUCUAACUUGCCAAAUCUUGAAAGCAUCAAGGCAAGAAGAUAAAACCUGCUGGAGCAAUAAAAUCAUUGGAAUGUCACUUGAGACUGGAAUAAAUCAGUAUUAAGAGUAGUAUUGUGCCCAAUCAAAGACUCUCAAAAUAUUAUCUGUUGCUUACUCUGUUUGUAGGUGUACCGUAAAUAAUAAACAUCACUGCAUCGGUCCAUCCUCAUAUUUUUACUUAGUGAAGUGUUUGAAAACGUCCACAGUGAGUCCACUGAUUGACAUGUUUUGAAGUUAUCUGCUACAUGUAUUUAGGUUUAUUUCGAUAAAUAGUUUAAUUCUGUUUAAUUCUUUUUCAAACAGCCUCGGGGAAUGGAGUAACUUUCAGAGCAAAGACAAGUUACGUGGAGUACCAUUUCAACACGACUUCGGCCUUCCUAGGAGCCAUAUUUCAACUUGAAUUCUCCUCCACAAGUUGCAAGGGAGAUUUAAUACUUGUGACUAGUAGAGACACAGAUAACUUUUUCAAAAUUUCUUUGGAAGAAGAAGAUAAAGUCAAUUUUUAUUACAAACACGAAGAUGGAGAUUUCAACUUGCGAAUAUCUCCAUCUCACAACAAAACGUUUUGCGAUGGGCAAAGACACAAUAUUGAGGUUAAAAGAUAUGGAAAGAUGGUCACUUACAGCACUGAUGGUGGUGAGGAAAUGCAGACUAAAGACACAAGUGUCAAAAUAGCCAUCUUUAGUAAACCAGAUAAGAUCACCCUCGGAGGGUCCAAUGACAAGUUUGAUGGCUGCAUGUUCAGUGCAUUGGUCCUUUUCCAUUGGAAAACCGACUUAAGUAAGAAUGUCAGCGUUAACAUUAUAGAGCGUUACCUCAAGAGGGAUCCCAGGGUUCAUUCUGCUGCUGUGUUUCCCGGAGCUUGCCCUAACUCUAAAUCACCCGCAAAAGGUGAUUAUGAAAUACGAGAAUGUACACGUUCCAACACCGACAUCUCCAUGACAACGGACCGUGGUGUGAUAGCCAGUCCCCAACCACAAGAAUCAAGCCACAUCAGUAGAUGCGUAUGGCGCAUCACGGCCCCAGCUGAACAUUGAUUGAAGUUCACAUUGCUCUUUUAUAACAUCAGCGGAUUUGUGUCCUGUUUACGUUCUAAAAGUGAAGUCGUUGUCUAUAACGGAAUAUCUUCUGCUUCGAAUGUUCUUGAACGGUUCUGUUUCCCCAAAUCGAAUACAGUGGUGUAUACACGAGAACGUCAGAUGAUGGUCGACAUGACUUUACCCGACAGCAUCUACCUUGAUUUCAUUGGCGCUUAUGAAGUCGUGAAAAUGGACGAAGGUAACUCAUAUGAUACCGUUGAAACUAUCUACAACGGCCAUCUUGAGGACAAGGGAAAGUAAGGUAGUUGUGUAACAUGUCACCUGUUCUUUUCCGGAUUACAAUAUUUAUAUUUCAGAAACAAAAUGCUUAUUGUAGCAUAUUAAUACGGAACCCAAUAAAAAUACAUCAAAACAAAAAGUAUAAACAGAAACAAAGACCAACGACGCGUAGUUCGGAUCAAGUUUAGUGACCUUUUCCAAUUAAAAGUGUGGUUUUGUAUAUACACCGUUCGUCCGUCAUUGAUGAACUAGCCCUUGUCGAGAGGUUAUUUUGGCAGGUGGGACGCGUUUUAGUGGCCGUUGCUGUCGUAGAGAAAUUAAAACAAGAGUGCAUGUACGGGCUUUCCGCUGGGACCAAAAAAAAGUGGCCGCGUUAAAGAGAGGUGGCCAUUAUUAGAGGUUUGACUGCAAUUUAAUGACAAUGGUUCUGAAAAUGAUUGAAACAAUAUGUCAAUGAACAUGGGUGCAUGGUAUGAUGAAAAGUAUAACUUUUUUAUCUCUAACAUCCAAUCUUUAAUUACUACUGCCAGGCCCUUGCCGAACAAACAGGAACCUAACAAACAUGUCUGGAAUAUUGACUAGUCCAGAUUUUCCACACAAUUACGGAUU